AUGCUUAAGCCAAGUUUGGCAUUUGUUUCUGUUCCCCGGACAGAUCUCCGUGUCACGGGCCAGUUUGAGCAAGAAUUGCAACCGCUUCUGGAACGACUUGAUAUCCCAAAGACAAGCAGUGACCGAGUGAUUGUUCCUUGUCUCUGUCAGCAACUCCCAUCUAUUCACCAGAGAUUCCCGGCUGCUAUUGUUCUCAAGCUCGUCACAGACUCUGUCGAGGCUCAGGCAUCACUGCGUACACUGAGUGUGCGACCGGAGCUUGGAUUCAAGUAUAACUUGAAACUUUCGCUGGCUUGCCAGAUAACUUCCGCGCUACGUACCAUAACGCCCUGGACGACAUGUGGUGGUCCUAUCCAAACAGAAAUCCUAGAGAAGUUGCUUCCAGAUGACAUGUGGGUAUUCCGCGAAGUAGCAGCUGUAUCGGGCAGCCAGGAAGAUUUCAACGAUGCACGCCAUUUUGCUUGCAUUUUGCGGGAUAGCUUGCAGAGCAGAGCGGAAGAAAAUGACGAGACUCUUAUUAUAACAGCAGGAUUCGCGCAGAAGCCCAGUGGAGACAGUCGUACAUACGCGGAAAUCUUAUACGGUCUGGAAACGAUCUGCCAGAAAAAAGAAUGGUUUCAACGAUACGUCGGUAUUCUAUUUGAGCUUGUUCUUACCCCAUUGGUUCAGUAUGGCAUCGGACUAGAAGGACACGGGCAGAACCUCGUCGCGCGUGUUUGCCGCCAGACAGGUGAAAUUAAAGGAUUUGCGGUGCGCGAUUUCGGCGGUGUCAGGAUGCAUGUCCCAACCUUGCGAGAACAUGGCGUAAGCUAUGAUUCAUUACCACCGGGAGCGGCCACAUUGACGGAUAAUUUGGAGAAUGUUUGGAGCAAGGUACAUCAUUCGCUUCUUCAAAAUCACGUCGGGCUUCUCCUUGGGGCGUUAGGAUUGGAAAACCAUGGUGGAUGGGCAAUCGUCUUCGACACUUUAUCGAUGGGGCUGGGACCUCAUGAAGGAUCCCCUGGGAAAGAGCUGUUUGAGUACUUGACCAAGGACACAAUGCCUUUCAAAUGCUUCCUGAGGAUGAGAACGGAAAGUAAAUACCGUGAUGUGAGUAUUUGGCGACCAUCUCUUGUUUGA